AUGGCAGAGAUCCAUAUCCUUGACACAUUAGACGAUCUCAGCGAGAGAGUCGUUUACAUCACUGGUGGUGCCUCGGGAAUUGGAAGAGCGACCGCAGAGCUUUGUCUCAAACAAGGCGCAAAUGUAGUCAUCGGCGAUCUGAACCCAUUACCAGCCGAUCUCCAAACAUCAGACAAGCUCAAAUACAUCCAUGUUGAUGUAUGUUCUUGGGAGAGUCAGCGCGACGCUUUCAUCCAGAUCGAAGCAUGGUAUGGACAUAUCGACCAUGUCUUUGCCAACGCGGGUGUUGGUCCCACAUCACCCUUGGUAGAUGAUACUCUCGACGAGAACGGUCUCUUGACACCACCGAAUCUGCGAACAAUCAAUGUCAAUUUAAUUGGCGUGAUUUCGACACUGCGUCUAGCUGCUUACUACAUUCAGAAACACUCUGCUCACCGCGUACCCGGUGAAUCGGGUAGUAUUGUGGUUACGGCAUCUGCGUCGUCAUUCCAGACAUUCACAGCUGGGGAUUACACGAUCGCGAAACAUGGUGUUUUGGGCAUGCUGCGUGGCGUUGGGUCUCGGUUGGAGGGUAAAGUCCGUCUGAACGCGGUCGCUCCAUCAUGGACGGAUACUGGGAUGGUUCCAAAGGAUUUCAUUGAAUCACUAGGUGUUGCCGUUCAGGCGCCAGAGGUUGUGGCCAAGAGCGUGGUACGCUUAUUCGGCGACCAGACAUGCCAUGACGAAGUCAUUUACAGCUGGGAUGGGAAUUAUUUGGAGGUUAACAAAGCGGAUGGUGGCUUGUUACAGACUGCAGGGAAAUUGAUCCCGAACACCGCCAAUGAGGAUAGCGUGAUGGUCAAGUUGAGCGCUGCGGCGGUAGCUGGAGAGCGAAUAUCGUAUAUCAUGGCAGGAUUUCAACUGCAAUACCCACAAGAUCGUGAACUAACUGGCGGGGACCUGCUGGCGCAAUGUUUGAAGUAUGCAGGCGUCGAAGUUGCCUUUGGUCUCCAUGGGGGCACCUAG